AUGAAGUUAGGAAAGGGUUAUGAAGUAGAAGAAAAGUUGGCGACAAUGAAUAGAAGGAGAAGCAGAGGCUUGGAUGGCCUUCUGGGCGGCGAGGAAAUCGCGGCGGACGGAGGCGGCGCGGCGAUCGAUGCGGGCAGGUCGCUGGCCCGGGUCGACUCUCGUGACGUGCCUCGCCCCAGUCACAUGCUCCAACUGGGCUCUCUGUCGCAAUUACUGCUUCUCAUCUGA